AUGGCGGGCCGUAUGAGCUGGCCCCUCCAGAGGGUCGACACCAACACGUUCGCUCAGAUGGAUACGUACCCGGAGGACAAGAAGGAACCCGAUGUCGAGGUCAUGUCGAUUCGGAGUGAUGGCGACUCAACGCAGGUCGUGGGUAGCGCAGACAUGUUCGAUGAGAAUGGAAACCUGAGGUUGAUUCCGAUGCCCACAUCAGAUCCGAAGGAUCCCUUGAAUUUGCCCAAUUGGAGGAAAUGGACUGCCGUUGGUACCCUUUGCUUCUUCGGCUCCUUGGCCCUCUCCGCCGAGGUCAUCAUCGGUUCACUGAUCCCCAUAUUCCUCCUCGAAUACGCCGGCCUCGACCCGACAACGAUCAGGAACAUCGACUUCGUUGCCGCGUCCGGAGGCAAGGGCACGCAGCUCAACCCCUUGGCCGUCAUCCCGCAGGGCGUGAAGCCGCCCAGCCUGGAGGAGGUGUCUAUGCUGGCCACCAUCCCGCUGCUCACCAACGGCAUCGCGAGCUACCUGCUGGUCCCCCUCUCGAUCGCCAUCGGCCGCCGUCCUGUCCUUCUUUUGACGGCUGUGCUCGCCUGGGCUGGUGGGCUGUGGGCAGGACUGUCAACUUCCCUGGAGUCCCACCUCGCUGCACGAGCGGUCAUGGGACUGGGUGCUGGUGCGGUCGAGGCGUUGAUCCCGCUCAUUGUGCAGGAUAUGGUCUUUAUCCACCAGCGCGCCAAGGCACAGUCUGCUAUCGUGGCUAGCCAGGGCUUCAUUAUCAUCGGUCUGGGCAUUGCCGCCCCGUAUAUCUCCGCUAACUACAAUUGGCGAUAUCUGUACUACGCCACUUCAGGCGCCGGUAUUGUCGCGUGGUUACUCCUGAUCGCACUGCUCCCUGAGACUCGAUGGACCCGUUCUAAGGAGGCGCUCGGCGGCAAGUCCGAGGAGAAGCUUGAACCCGGAGCAGUUCGUCCCCAGAUCGACUAUGCCAGGUUCGGCCCACGUACGCUCUGGACGAACAUCGGCAUAUUCAACUACGGCUUCGAGUGGAAGAACGCCGGAAAGUCGAUGCUGGACACCCUGCGGACGACCUUCUUCCCGGCCGUGGUCUGGGGCGUCCUGGCCAACAGCGUGUUCCUGGUCACGAACCAGGCGGCCCAGCAGCUCGGCUCGUUCGCCCUGCUCGCCCAGGGCUGGGAGUUCCAGUGGACGGGUCUGUCGGUCGUCCCCUUCGUGCUCGCCACGGGCAUGGUCUUCGUCAUCGUCGGCCCCGUGGCGGACAAGGUGUCGACGCGGAUCGCGAAACGUCGCAACGGCGUCCGCGAGGCCGAGUACGGCCUGGCCAACACCAUCCUUCCCUUCAUCGCCGGCAUCGCGGGCUGCUUCGUCUUCGGGUACGCGGGCGAGUCUGCCGUGCACUGGUCGGUGCUGCUUCUCGGCUCGUUCCUCAUCAUCUUCGGCUUCCUGUGCCUCAUGGUCACCAUCAACGUCUUCAUCGUCGAGUCGUACCCGCAGUGGGCCGGGCCUGUCUUAGUUAACGUCAGCUCGCUCAAGAUCAUCAUCGCCUUCUUCUUCGCCAGCCUGGCUACCACCUGGGUUGCACAGAAGGGCCUCCUCGCGACUUUCGUCAUCUACGCCGAGACCAUGAUCGUUAUCUCCAUGUUCAUGCCUGUGAAUGUGUCACUUUGGGAUCCAUAG